UAUUAUUAAUUUUAGAUUGGGUUUGCGCUCGGCGUGCUAAAGUUAGAGCUUCUAGUUCGAGGCUGCCUAUUGCCAUUUCACCGUCUAAGGAGGAAGAAAAGGAAUCGAGGUUUCUUCCGGUGCUACUCGUCGGCCAAAUUUUGGUCAGGAUAUUGUUCGACGGUUAAAUUAUUCUGCUGCAGGGUAGGAUACGAUGGCUCGAAAUGAGGAGAAAGCACAGUCUAUGCUGAAUCGUUUUAUAGCCUUAAAAGCUGAGGAGAAGAAGAAACCCAAGGAACGUCGACCCUACCUUGCCUCUGAAUGUCGUGACCUUGCAGAAGCUGACAAAUGGCGUCAACAGAUCAUGCGUGAGAUUGGUCGCAAGGUUGCAGAGAUCCAAAACGAAGGCCUUGGUGAGCACCGUUUGCGUGAUCUCAAUGAUGAGAUUAACAAGCUCAUUAGAGAGAAGUCACAUUGGGAGCGUCGUAUAAUUGAGCUUGGUGGCCCCAAUUAUACCAAACACUCGGCCAAAAUGACUGAUUUAGAUGGGAAUAUUGUUGAUGUACCAAACCCCAGUGGUCGUGGUCCUGGAUAUCGGUAUUUUGGUGCUGCAAAGAAGUUACCAGGUGUUAGGGAAUUAUUUGAGAAGCCACCUGAACUGCGGAAGCGCAGGACUCGUUAUGACAUAUACAAGAGGAUCGACGCAAGCUACUAUGGCUACAGGGACGAUGAGGAUGGGGUUUUGGAAAGAGUGGAAGGUCCAAGUGAAGAGCGAAUGAGAGCUGAGGCAGUUGAAGAGUGGCAAAGAAUGGAAGAGAUUAGGAAAGAAGCAAAGAGGGCAGUAAAGAGCGGGGAGGUAGCCAGCGUGGUGAAUGUUGCAGCAAAGGAGGUACUGUUUGAAGAAGAGGAAGAGGUUGUUGAAGAAGAGAGGAAAAGAGAGAGGGAAAUGAAGGAGAAUUUGGACAAGGAGAGGGAAUUUGUGGUGCAUGUGCCAUUACCUGAUGAAAAGGAGAUUGAGAAGAUGGUAUUGGAGAAGAAGAAGAUGGAACUGUUGAGUAAGUAUGCGAGUGAUAUGCUUUUAGAGGAACAGAGUGAAGCCAAAUCCAUGCUCAAUAUACAAAGAUAACUCCCAAAAUCGUCAUAGAUUUGUUUAAUCUAUUUUCCUUACUCAAAUUCUCCAUGCCUAUACUAUGCAUCACACACAGCUUCUGUGGUCAAAUGGCAAAGUCAUAUUCUGGAAUCAAGCAGAGUGAUGCAAAAAUCGAGGUAUAUGAGGAACUAAGUUGUAAUGUUUGUUCAGAUCUCUCUAUAUUUUUGGUUUAAACAUCUCUUAGAGAUACAAUCAACGUUGAUAACUGAUGUAAAACCUUAGAUAAUAGGAUGUUUGAAUUUUCCAAACUGAUGUAACUUUGAGAGAUGUUUUGGGAGCCGCUCUCUCAAGAGUUGAUUUACAUUUAGAUAAAGACACAUAUUUAGGCUCUUUCCAUAAGGUUCUUUGUAUUUCCAUUUUGCUUCUUUCGGGUUUAGAAACAAGUUUUCUCCAA